AUGUCUAGCCAACACCAAGGACCACCUUUCAGGGCCGAGCACAUGGGCUCCCUCCUCCGACCCCAAACCCUCCUGGACAUCCGCGCGUCCAUCCGCGACAAGAACCUCUCCCCCGAAGAAGCCGGCCUCCCUGCCGCCGAGCGCGAAGCCAUUGGCAACGUCGUCAAGCUGCAGCGCGACCUCGGCUUCAAGGGCGUCACCGACGGUGAGUUCGUGCGCACACGCUUCUGGGGUCUCACCUGGGACGAGUUCGAAGGUACUACGCGUCUCCAGGAUGCCGAGGCUGCCAUGUUCCGUCUUUAUCAUCCGGAUGUCGUCAGCUUGAUCGAGAAGGAUAGGAAGGUCAUGCCUGGCGAUUCGGUGAUUGCGGGAGGCAAGUUGGUGCAUGAUCCUGCGAAGUCAGUGUCGAAUUUGCACGAGGUGAAGCUCAUUCAGGAGUUUGUGCCGAAGGAGGAGUGGGGGAAUAUUAAGUUGACUGUGAUUACUCCGGCGUGGUUCCAUAUGAGGUAUAAGCAGGGGAGGGCCUACACCCCCGAGGCGUACAAGAAUGAUGAGGAGUAUUUCGCGGAUGUGGCCAAGGUAUACAACGCGGAAUUGAAGCAGCUUUAUGAUGCCGGGUUGAGGAACGUCCAGUUUGACGAUCCCGGCAUGGCCUACUUUUGUUCGCAAAAGUUCCGCGACGGCUGGGCUGCGGACUCCGACAACAUCGGCACAGUCGAAGACCUCUUCGACGCCUACAUCAAGCUCUACAACGACAGCCUCUCCGGCCUCCCCCCGGACCUCCACACGGGCAUCCACCUCUGCCGCGGCAACUUCAUCGGCGGCCGCCAUUUCGCCGAGGGCGCCUACGACAUCAUCGCCAAGAAGCUCUUUGAGAACCUCAACGUCAACACCUUCUACCUCGAGUACGACACCGAGCGUGCCGGAGGGUUCGAACCCCUGCGCUUCCUUCCCAAGGAUAAGAACGUCGUUGUCGGCAUUAUUAGCACCAAGGUGCCCCAGCUCGAGGAUAAGGAGGAGAUGAAGCAGAGGGUGUACAGAGCGGCGGAGUUUAUUGCUGAGGGGAGCGGGCAGACGAGGGAGGAGGCUUUGAAGAGGGUCUGUGUCAGCCCUCAGUGCGGGUUUAGUACGCAUGAGAGCGGGUAUCCGCUUGGGGCGGAGGAGCAGGCCGCUAAGUUGAGGUUGGUGAGGGAGAUUGCCGAUGAGAUUUGGGGAGAGCCUUAA